AUCGUCCUUCAUUCAAAGGUGCCGUUUGUUACUUUUAAAAACUAAUUUUAUACUUAGAAUUGUUGGAGUUUUAAGUAUUUCUUGUUAUAAAUUUAAAUUUUAUUAAAAACAAGACAUGAUACACUCUCUCAUUUAAGAGUGAAAUCAGUCUUCAAAUUGAAUAUGUACCUAAUUUCUUCUCUGAAUGAGUUCUUGUGAAUUUCAUAAAUAUGAAUAUUAGUUGUAUAAGAAAUUCUAAAUUAUUGUUCUCAGCUCUUAGCAGUUGUCAGCAAUCUUUUUUUAGCACAACUAAUUGCAAUCGGUUGUUUUUUGAAAAGGAUCCUAAAGGAGGUUAUAGUAAAACUAAAUCAAAAUAUCUUCAGUGGAAACAUAUCAAAGAUGGUUGGAAGCAAUUGGGUGAUGAAGUUAAAUUAUUCAAAGAAGAACUGAUUGAAGCAAUAGAAAAUGAUCCCAUAGUGUCUUUAACACCUGGUGUUAUUAAAAAGCAGUGGGAACUUCGUAAAGAAGAACAUUUGGGUACUUGGAUAACAACAUCUGAUUCAGACCAUGGAGAAGGGCAUAGCACGUGCUCUUUAACUUUAAACAAUAAUGGCUUUGGUCAUUUUUCUGGGGUAUUGGACACGACUGUACCAAUAGAUGGAAGAACAAAGAGGGCUGGUUAUUGCUCAGUCAGAACAAAAAGGGCUAGGAGAAGUUUCCAAAGAGAAACAUAUUAUGAUUGGUGUACCUACACACAUCUUGUUUUAAAAGUUCGUGGUGACGGUCGAUCCUAUUUGCUUAAUAUUGCUACUUCAGGUUAUUUUGAUCAGCUAUGGAACGAUAUGUAUCAGUAUGUGUUGUAUACCCGCGGAGGACCAUACUGGCAAAUAACAAAGAUUCCAUUUUCAAAAUUCCUCUUUUCAAGUAAAGGGCGUAUUCAGGACAAACAAAGUCCAAUACCCCUUGACAAUGUUACUCAUUUUUCUAUAGUAGCGGGAGAUAAAAUAAAUGGUCCAUUUUCUUUAGAAAUUGAUUAUGUUGGACUGUUAUUUGAUCCUACUCAUAAGGAAGAAUUUGCUUAUGAAAUGUAUCAAUUGCCACAAAAUAUUGCUGGAAACUAGUGUUGUAAAAAUGUUAUAUAAAAUUGUAAAAUGUAAAUUUUAAAUAAAUAUUUAAGUUAUUAUUUU